CCACGCUGCUCCCGGCCUCGUGGUGGCAGCAGAGAGCACGGCCCGGCCUGCCCCGCGGGCUCUUGGGGUUGGCGCCUGCGUAGAGCGCAGCGGAGGCGGGACGUGCCGGCGGGGGCGGAGCCGAGCGGAGUCCCCGGAUGAGGCCAAGAUGGCGGCGGCGGUGGUGGCGCUGCGGGCGCUGGAGAGGCUGUGCCGCGUCGCCCUCUUCCUCUCGCAGCUCUACGUCCUCUCCGGGCGCGGUGAGUGCCAGGCCGGUUCACGCCGAAGAGGCGCCGGGGUGGCGGGGCCCUUGCACUCUGCACGCGCUCAGGGGCCGGCCGGGCCUCUGCCGGGAGGCUGCCUCGCCGGGACGGAGACCUGGCCGCGGGUCUCUCUCUCCGGGGCCUGUUCCCGGGCUCUGCUGCGCUGGCGUUUGCCCAGAAGCCGAGAGAGGGGCAACCUGCACCGCCAGCCUUGGGUCGCUUCCCCGGGGCAGAACAGCCUCUUCCGGCCUCGCGCCUGGUGCUGUGUCAUCCUCUCAAAACCUUAAGAAAACAGGUCUCUGCCCCGACAGGCUUACACUAUAGAAACUGGCACUGGGAUGAUGGGACUGGGGCGGAGAAACAACCAAGAAAGGAGAGCGAAAUGAAGGAGGGGGGAGUCAUGUUUUUAUUUUGUUAAUAUAUACCUGGGUUUUGUUACUUCAGGAUAUGGGGCAGACACAGCCUUUCUUGUGUUUAAGUAUUACCUGGUCGCCAUAGGUGACCAGGCAUUGCAUGCAGGGAGUGAGGGGGCUAAUAUACAAAGCUAGAUUAAAGGGUAUGCCUCUGAAUACCCGUUGCUGGGAACUGCGGUUGGGGAGAGGGCUGUGCUCAGAUCCUGUUUCCAGGCUCCCCAUAGGCAUCUGGUUCACCACUCCAAGAACAGGAUGCUGGACCAGAUGGGUCUUUCUUGUGAUCCGUCAGGGCUCUUCUUACGUUGUUCCCGAAUCUGGUUAUGAGGAACUGCAAACCUAUUAUAUUCAAGUCAGUCUUUGGGGCUUCUCACUGCUAUCCUUUGCUGUGAUUGGCAGUGUUGCUUUAGGACAGGGGUAGGCAACCUAAGGCCCGGGGGCCGGAUGCGGCCCAGUUGCCUUCUCAAUCCGACCUGCGGAUGGUCCAGGAAUCAGCGUGUUUUUACAUGAGUAGAAUGUGUGCUUUUAUUUAAAAUGCAUCUCUGGGUUAUCCGUAGGGCAUAGGAAUUUGUUCAUUAUUAUUUUUGCCCAAAAUAUAGUCCGGCCCCCCCACAAGGUCUGAGGAACGCCACAAGGUCUUAUCCAGUCUUGCUACUGUAGGACUUUUUUUAAACAAGUAAUGUCCAACACAGACAAACGUCUCAGUUGUUGUGCUGUGCAUCAUUAAGAGGCCUUGAAAGAUCUGAGACACCUGCUGUCAAAGGUGCAAAUACACCAGUGUUUCUUCUCUCUCUUCUUCGCAAUUCAGCACCUUAAUUCAAAGUAGUGAUGCUGUUGUGUAAUUUAACUUACCGGCUCAUGGGUCUGAACUACCCACACUUUUAAAAUGCAAAUUGAAGUAAGUGUGGAAAGAUCACAGUACUACUACUUGGACUGGAGGUCCUGGGUUAGGGUGAGGAAGAUGAGAAAUACAUUCUGAGGGACAGCACUAUUACAGAGUAAUAGUUCCCUGGGCAGAGAAAGUCACUCAGCACAGCACUGGCAACUAGCCUCUAGAGGAGGAGUGUACUGAGCAAUUCAAGCCACUUUAUCUUACCAGCACCACUUUCUUUUGAACACACAAGGGAUUUGAACCCAAGCCUGAUGCUCUGGACCACACUGUUGCUUCCAAGUCGUAACUAAACAUGCUUUGAAUCCUGUUAGUAUUUUGUGUUUCUUUCCCCCCACCCCACCCCCAGGAUCACUGAGCUUAGAACACUCUCAUCCACAAGCUCAGCUGGCAAAGGUUGCAAUAGUACCUACAAGCACACACAUUCCAGUGUCUAAAGUAUCAGGUAUGUAUUUUUUUUUCCAUUCCGUCUUGUACUUCUUAGAAUGAAAAUGUAUGUCUUUGUAAACCUUACUCUGCACAGAUCUUUAGAGGUUUGUGAGAUAUAUUUGCCUACAGAACAGCUUAUUUCUGAAGGACUCUCCAUCCCACUUCCUCCAUGUAAAAAAACCCCCUAAUUUCUAGAAACAAAUUCUCAAAUGUAAGAAAAACUAGGAAAUUAGGGCUUUACAUUUGCUAAUGAGAGAAGACACACCUUUCUGUUAUAUCUUGAUUCUUAAGAUCAUAGUAUUUUGCAACUCAGAGUCUCUCUUGUGAACACUGCCUCAAGCUGCCACCAACAAUCUGUUCCACAUGGGCGUGUUCCACUUGUGCAUACUAUAUAAUGUGGCCCUUAAUGGGAGGGAAAUGGACUGUUUGGUCCCCUGUACAGGAAACAAAAACAUAAGAAGAGCCCUGCUGGAUCUGAUCAAGGGUUCAUCUAGUCCAGCAUGCUGUUUCCCGCAGUGACCAACCAGAUGCCUCUGGGGCGCCCACAAGGAGGGCAGGAGGGCAGGAACCACUCCUGUUGUUGUUUCCCGAAAGCACUUACUCAGAGGCAUUUCUAACACUAGAAGCAAAAGCUUUUUCUGUGGAUAAAGCCCAUUGAGUGGCUCAAGGAAACAAAAAUAAUUUUCUUGAACUUAAAACUGAAGGAGGUCUUUCAUUUGGAAACAAAACAAUUGUACCCUGCAGAUAAAGAAGCUGUUGAUUAUCUCCUACUAAGAGCCAAAGAACACUAAUGAAACUGAAAGGUGUUGCCACCAAUUGAGCAAAGGAACCAGCAUGAAUUAUUGUGAGCAGGUCUGAAUAAAUACUCAUGCAUGUGAUUACAAAUACUAUUACCAUAUGGCAUUGAUAAAUGCCAGAGUACUUUCUCGUUUCACUUUCCCUUCUGUGAGUCCAUCCCUCUCCAUGGAUGCAGCUCCUAUUUGUGUAGUAGCUAUGGUACUUAAAUACGCUUCGUGUUUCAAAAUGAUAAUCCAGUAAUAUUUCUCAAUGCUUACCUGACUUUUUUGUUUGAGUAUUAAUAUACUUAAUUCUAUAUAGCCUGUGAGUCAGUCACUUGCCUUUUCAUUUGAAUGUGACCCAUAACUUUCCCCAUAGAAAUGUAUCUGAAUUGUGAAAAAUGCUGGGGUUAUGCAAAAGGUCCCCAGUUCUGUGCCCAUCAGAGAGCCAGUGUGGUGUAGUGGUUAAGAGCAGUAGUCUCGUAAUCUGGGGAACCGGGUUCGCGUCUCCGCUCCUCCACAUGCAGCUGCUGGGUGACCUUGGGCCAUCACACUUCUUUGAAGUCUCUCAGCCCCACUCCCCUCACAGAGUGAUUGUUGUGGGGGAGGAAGGGAAAGGAGAAUGUUAGCCGCUUUGAGACACCUUAAAGGGAGUGAAAGGCAGGAUAUCAAAUCCAAACUCUUCUUCUUCUUCUUCUUCUUCUUCUUCUUCUUCUUCUUCUUCAUGCAAGGCUGGGAAAGACACCUGUCACUGUAGACCCUCCAGAUAUUGCUGGAGUACAGCUUUCAGCAACCCUGACCAUUAGGCUUGCUGGUUGGGACUAAUCAGGAUUGGAUUCCAACCAUAUUUAGAAGGCCACAGGGCAUUCUAGUGUAGACAAUACUGAGCUAGAUGGUCUAAAGUUCUGGCUCAGUUUAAGACAGUCAUAUCUUCCUAAUCCUAAAAAUAACUUACAUAUAAGGGAGACCCAUUAAAUUCUUUGGGCCUUAUAGUGGAUCUUACUCCUGGGUAAACAUGCAUAGGCUGCACAUUACUAAAAUAGGUGAAAUGUAAAUUGAGCAGGUUAGGAAAAAGUAGUUGCUUAGGCAUUCGUGUUCAGCAACCUAGGAAUUUCAGAUAUUUUGUUCCCUAGCUUUUUUCUAGGGAAUACUGAAACUCUUGUUCUCACCAGAUUUUAAUUCUUCAGAAGCCACAGCGACCCCAUCGUAUAUGACCCAAUGCCCUAGUAAUGGACUGUGCAGCCGACUGCCUCCAGGAUGUAUGGACUGUGAAACAAAUUGCUCCUGUAUCUAUGGCAAAACUGCUGUUUUUGAAUGUAAAGCCAGAUCCCAGGUCCACUGUGUUGUAAGUAGAAUGCUUGUUCAUUUGUAAUAUGAACAUGAAUCUUGCGGAAAUACUACACCUUACUUGUUUGAAGGAGAAUAAUUACUUUGUAAAAUAUGUAAUUGAAUAGAUACCUUAUUCAGGAGAUGCUGGAUAUGGAUGAAAGGGAUAUUCUGUUGGGCCUAGACAUUUGCUUUCUAUCUGAUAGGGGGAAGAUUCAAUUCUGUACUUUAAUUACAGAGACCUCAGCUUGUGGUUAGCAGUAGGGUUUGGCUGCUAUGACCCCUUAUAACAUUUCAUAUGUGCAUUUGUAGAUUAUUUUUUUCCCAAAAGACAUAUCCUGUUUUACAGACUCUUCCCAAAGCGAUAAACAGUAAAAGCACCAGCAAUCAAAACAAAUACAGUUUCUGAUCCAGUGCUGAUAAAGACUGGAAUAAAAAUCUCUACUUCAAAGUUUUGUUGAAAGCAGAAGAAGGUUGUUAACAAGUGCUGAAAAGAUUAUAUAGAUGGUCUCAACCAGGGAUGUCAACAGGUCAAUCGCGAUCUGCUGGUAGAUCCCAGUGAGGUUUUGGUAGAUCUCUGGCUCCCUUUCCUUAGCGUCGCUAAAACUGACUCCUGCCUUGCCCCGCCCUCUAUUGUUGUUUGAUCUCUGGAAGGGAAGACGGAGCUUCCUCUGUGCUGCUGUUUUCAUCCAUAGCGAUCUUUUUGUGAGUGACCUUACCCCUUUGUCCCCUGCCUUUAACCCCAGCCCCAAAACAGGGCUUUCCUCCCUAAAAAUAGCUCAACAACUUUGAGCUGAACCUCAAAAAAACGGGGGUAGUUUUUAAUUCUGAAAGUAGAUUGCAGCCUCUUGAGAGUUGGCCACCCCUGGUCUAAACCAAUUGGGAGGUCCUUGGUGCAUGACCUACGAUGGUCCAGCUGCCACAGUCUAGAAAUGGCCAAAGCUGUUAGAAGGCACUCCUAGCCACUAAGGUCACCUUAGUGACAGAUGGAUCCAGGAGACCCCGGGACAACAAGCCCACUCCUUCAGAGGAAGUACAUUCUCUACCCAAAGCAGGCAAUUGACCAAUUACACGGACUCAAUAAGUGUUCACAAAUUGUGCAUUGGUCUUGUCAAGAUUCAGACUCAGUCUGUUGGCUGCUGUCCAGCCCACCACUGCACCCAGGCACUGACCCAGGGCUUGCACAGCCUCUGCUGAUUCAGAUGUUAUGGCGAAAGAGAGCUGGGUUUAUCAGUGUACUGAUGACACCUUGCUCCAUAUCUCCUAAUGACCACUCUUAAUGGCUUCAUAUAGAUGUUAAAUAGCAUUGGGGACUACAUAGUGCACUGUGGCACCUCACAGCUCAAGAACCUAGGGGCUGAGAAACACUAUUAAAUGCCGUCUGCUGGAACUGUCCCUGAAGAGGAGACCAGAGCAAUGCCCCUGAUACUCAUUUCUUUCAGAGAGUAUAGGCAGAUGCCAUGCUCCCUUGUAUCAGAAGCAGGUGAGAGAUCAAGCAGAAGCAGCCAGGUCCUUCCCUCAAUAAGGGUCGUCCAUUAGGGCACCCAAGGUAGAGUCAGUCACUGAAAUGGAAAAAAAAAAUUAAUUUAGUAAAAGUAUCUAGAACUUAGGUGCUCUCAGCUUCCAAAAAAUCAAGUGUAUUUGGUGAUUCUGUCACACUCCAGUAAGUGCUCUCUGGUUAACCUGUGUAUUAUUUCUGGAAGGGUGAGUUAAGAUUUCUGAUUCUCAUGCAGGAUGAGAAAAACAAUCGCCCAGAAACUUUCACAAUCAACAUGACUUGCCAGCUUUGCUGGCAACUCCCUCCAUCAGAUUAUGUCUGCUCCAAUCCUACAAACUGCAAAACGGUCUCUUGUCCACGAGAACGAUAUAGUGCCAAUUGCACGGUGCGGGAUCAUAUUCAUUGUCUGGGUAAGCAAUGCCUUAGUGUGGGUGUUUGACGUGGUGGGGAGAAGAAAGGCGUCUUUCUGAACAAUAUUAUUCACUAUUUCCAGAGCAUCUUGUUCGGACCAAGAAAAGGUUUGGGAUCUUAGGUUAUGACUAAGCUGUGUGGUAUCCAGCUUAUUAAAUUAAGUAAUAUGCAUUGGUCUAGGCAUAGAUGUUCUAACCAUCCCUGCCCAUGCCCACCACUUUGGAGCAAGAGGGUAUUGUAAUGCAAAUCACCAAUCCCAUUUUUCCUGGUAAAGGUUUUCUCUCUCACAUCCCAGGGGGUUCCUAUUGGCCCACAGUUAUAGUAAUAUGAUACCAUGAUGGUCAUUUGGUGUUAGACAGUGUAGUAACUGUCUACUUUCCUAAAAGUUUCUGGCUAUUAGAUGAUUGCUGGACCUUACUGCAAUAAAUAAUCACAAUCAACUUGUGCAGACACUAGGCAGAGGGAAAAGCCUCGCAGCUUAUCAGUUAUGUGUGUUGGCAUCUAAUUUAGUGGUAAGUAGCUGUUGAGUGUAAGUAGCUUCCGUGCGCUGCUCUGGUUUGCCAGGAGCUGCUUAGUCAUGCUGGCCACAUGACCCGGAAGCUGUACGCUGGCUCCCUCGGCCAAUAAAGCGAGAUGAGCGCCGCAACCCCAGAGUCAGUCACAACUGGACCUAAUGGUCAGGGGUCCCUUUACCUUUACCUAGCUGUUGAAAAUGAUGGGUGAGCCACCUCAACAUGAAAAGGAUUCUGAUCCGGGAUCUUGUCCUUAUGACCAAAAUUGAUCAGUUAUGAAAGUACCUCUUUGACCACACUUGAAAUUCAACAAGAGAUAAGAUCUCUAAAAGGCUCCUGAGUAAGAUGGUGUCCCUGAAGAAUUCUAUAAAAUUCUAACAGAUGUUUUGGGGGCAAAAAUACCAGACUUGGGAGAAAUGCAAAAAAUAAUACUAAUGAAUAAAAAGGGGAAAGAUGCAACACUGAUAACAGAUGAGCCUAUAUCACUCUUAAAUCAGGGCUGUAAAGUAUUUGUCACAGUUUUUGCAAUAAGAUCAAUUAAGAUAAUUUCAAAGCACACACUGCAGCACUAUUCCUGUUUGUGGUCUUGGCUUUAUGAUUUCAAUGUCUGUUUAUUUUAAGGUAACCGUACUUUCCCCAAGAUGCUUUAUUGUAACUGGACAGGAGGCUAUAAAUGGUCAACUGCCUUGGCUUUAAGGUAGGAAUAGGAUUACCUGCUUUCUAAAUAAAAUACUUUCUUUUUUGGACUUGAUGUUUGGUUAAGCUGGUCAAGGGAGCCUGGUUACUUUAUUUUGUCUUCAGGCAGUUCUGAAGCAUGCUGCCUGUCCUGAGUCUUGAAAGCAGAAUGGGAUGCUACCAGUAUUUUGUGUUAAACUGUAAAAAUAAGUGCAAAGUUUUCAUUUUUUUAAAAAAUUAUAUCACUAGUAGGCUCAUUUAAAGUAGAUGAUUUUUUAAGUCAGUGUUAAUCAACUUCAUUAUGCUAUUUGUCAGGUACAAAUAAUUUAAAUGCUUUGCUGCUGGCAUCAGUAAUGGAUGUCUGGAUUUGGACAGCUUCUCAGACAUAAUUGUGUUGUAUUUGCAGCAUCACACUUGGCGGUUUUGGAGCUGAUCGUUUCUACUUGGGCCAGUGGAGAGAAGGUCUGGGCAAACUUUUCAGCUUUGGAGGCCUGGGAAUCUGGACUCUCAUAGAUGUACUGCUCAUAGGCGUUGGUUAUGUGGGCCCUGCUGACGGCUCACUUUACAUCUAACCAUCAAUGCAAGAAACGUCAGAGAUGGAUUGCACUUGGAAACACACAAACACACCUAGGAGAACUUGUUCCAUAUUUCACAUAUAUUUAAUGUACAGCAUCUGUACUUAGACUGCCUUUAACUUAAGGUGAAAUAAAUAAAUGAAUGGAUCAUUGGAUGAUGGGGUUUUUUCUGGAGUUUGUUUCCUUUUGGCUUUUUAAAUGCACUUAAUUUUUUUUCUAUGAAAAAAGGUGUUUUAAGUUGUGCAGUUCUGUUUCUUGGACAGAUGUAAACUAAUUCACUACAUGUCUAGCAAGUUCCCUUUUUAUCAUCAAUUUUUAUUAAAUGUUUUCAACAUAAAAUACAAUAAAAGCCAAACUAAUCUAGAGGAGAGAAAUAAGAAAAAAGGAAGAAAAUAAAGAAGAGGAAGAAAAGGAGAGAAAGUAUCUUUCUGUUACCCCCUGAGUAAAUCCAUUGAGCAGCAGAUUUUAAAUUUUUAUUACAUGUGUUUAUCUCCUGCAUUCAGUUAUUUUUUAUUUCCGAGAACGUACCGUGUAUGCAGUGUAUGUGUUAAUUUAACUUGAUACUUUGGCUUCUGCAGGACUGAAUGUUACAUUGUUAUUGCUAGAUAACCUUAGAAGUUGAGUCUUCUAAUAUAAUGACUGUAAUAAAAUUUUCUUUCACCACAC